GAGAAGAGAGAUCAGUCCUCGCAUCCCUCACACAUCUCCACACAGCACAGACAUGUCUGCAGUUCCUCUCACCAGAAUUCUGCCCAUCGGGUUCCUUGCCCACCUACUUCUCUUCUCUUUUGUCUCACUCACUGUCUGCGUGGAGUUCACUGAGGAAACUGGCAAACUGGGCAAAAUCAACGUACUUCAGAGAGGAGGCAACCAGUGGGCAAUUGGACACUUUAUGGGUAAGAAGAGCCUUCAGGACACUUAUAGACUUAGUGAACAAGAUUUGGAGGAAUCUGCAAUCUUCCCUCCACGCAGUAUGGAGAGCAUGAGAGCUACUCUCUUACAAGAGCAACGCAGAGCACAGUCACCCACUGAACUUCAGGGAGCCCAGCGAAUACUAAGGAAAAUCCUGGAGCAGUAUUUUAAAAUGUCCCAGAAGUAGAGAAGAUAUUUAUUUUCUUGUACAUAUAAAACAUAUAUAUAUUUGUGGCUGAGAUACCGAACUUAUUUCAGACAUUCCAAAGGCUAUUGUUUACAAAUAAAAAGAAAACACUAAUAAAAAUGUGAGUGUGUUCAUUCAGAACCUGAGAUUUCAGUAGUUGCUUUCAUGCUAAGCAUAUGUAUAGUAAAUUUUCUGCCAUCUUACACAGUGUUCUAUCUGAGCAAAACUGUAAAUAAAAGGCAUUCUAUGCACACAA